ACCUUCAAACAACGCUUACUGAUCUUUUUGUAGAUAUAUAUACUUUGCUUAUAAUUAUAUUUAUCGAAUAAUCGACAGAUUUAGAGAUGGGGUUAACUGGUAAGCUGGUGGCUGCAAUAGAGUUCAAGGCUGGGGGAGACGUGUUUCAUGAGCUGUUCAGGCACAAGCCCCACCAUGUUUCCACAACCAGCCCUGGGAAAGUGCAAGGAUGUGAUUUGCAUGAGGGUGAGUUUGGGCAUGUUGGUUCCAUCAUUUGCUGGAAGUACACUCAUGACGGGAAAGAGAAAAUUGCGAAACAACUCAUUCAAACCAUCGACGAGGAGAAGAAGUUGAUCGAAUUCAAGAUGCUGGAAGGAGAUCUGAUGGAGGAAUACAAAACCUUCCUUAUAACGCUGCACAUCGAGACUAAGGACGGCAUUGAUUUGGUUACAUGGACAUUGGAAUAUGAGAUGCUGAGUGAAGACGUGGACCAUCCAAUCUCCUUGCUCUCCUUCUUCAUCGACCUCACUAAGGACAUCGAAACUCAUCAUAUUGGCAAACCCACAGAUUUGGAGAUGGGGUUAACUGGUAAGCUGGUAGCUGCAAUAGAGUUUAAGGCUGGGGGAGACGUGUUUCAUGAGCUGUUCAGGCACAAGCCCCACCAUGUUUCCACAACCAGCCCUGGGAAAAUACAAGGAUGUGAUUUGCAUGAGGGUGAGUUUGGGCAUGUUGGUUCCAUCAUUUUCUGGAAUUACACACAUGAUGGGAAAGCGAAAACUGCAAAACAACUGAUUCAAAAAAUCGACGAGGAGAAGAAGUUGAUCGAAUUCAAGAUGUUGGAAGGAGAUCUGAUGGAGGAAUACAAAACCUUCCUUAUAACGCUGCACAUCGAGACUAAGAACGACAUUGAUUUGGUUACAUGGACAUUGGAGUAUGAGAUGCUGAACGACGAUGUCGGGCACCCUAUCUCCUUGCUAUCCUUCAUCAUCGACCUCACUAAGGACAUCGAAACCCAUCACAUCAAGAAACCCUAAAUCAGAUGGUUCCCAUCCUAAUGCAUGAAACCCUAGUCGAACAAUCUGUUAAUUAUGAACGAGAGUUGGUGUGUUAAUAAAACUCUUUGUUCACAAAGGCACGUACACAUGCGUGUGAGUGUUAUGUACUAAUAAAGGAGAUCAGCUGCAUGCUUGCUCUAGGUGGUGGUGCUUGGGACCCUGUACUGCUCGUAUUUGUGACGUGUCUGUGUAUUUGCAUGAGUUUGAAAUAAUAUGUUUUUA